AUGGAGACAAUCAACUUUCCAAUACACAAGAAAGGCACAAAGAUGGAUUCUAAAAACUAUAGCAGUGAUACCGACUACAAGCCGACUAUACUCGGAAAUACUACGUGCCGAAGUAACAAAGAACACAGAAGUCGAAACGCCAAAAGGCUCAUGGAGGAGGUUUUGCGAAGACCUGGAAGAAGGGCCAGAAGCAUCCCGAUCCACAGGGUGCUGGCCAAAGACACAUUGGCGGAUGUAGGUCUCAUCAUCAAAAGUGAUCAGUCGAGGAAGGAAUACUAGUGUGCCGCCCAUUGAUCAUCUCCUUACAUGCCUACCAUUUUAUGCCUGCAAUGCACAUUAAAAUUGUAUUGGAGACUUUAUUAGCAUGCAUCAGACAACAGCACCCCGUAUAAUUGCAAACGUUUCAAGAGCAAUCAAAUCAAUAUAUCAGAAUUCCCAAUGAAGCUGAUGAAGUAAUAAGAGAUCAGAAUGGCUUCUACAGGAUCUGUAGAUUUUCACGCGUCACUGGAUGCAUUGACGGGACGCACAUAAAGAUGCAAUCACCAGGAGCUCAAGAUGGAGAGAUAGAAAGUCAUAUUUAUCUAUAAAUACUCAAGUAUUUGCUGGGUCAGAUUUGGAAAUAUUUGAUAUUGUUUCUACAUGACCAGGAUCUACCCAUGAUUUAACUAUUUUCAAUGCAUCCCACCUAAGAACACGCAUUGAAGGG